AUGGAAGGAAAAAGGAUAUACCUGCUGAUGUGUUUCGCAGUCAUUAACGUCGUCUUUGGGGACACAAGCUAUUCUAUAGUGGAGGAACUAAAGCGUGGAUCCGUUGUCGGAAACCUAGCAAAGGAUAUUGGACUCGAUGCCAAAACACUGUUAUCCAGAAAGGGUCGUCUUAACGCCGAUGAUGGGGAUGAGCGUUAUUUUGAGAUCGAUCGCAAUGCUGGCACUCUCAUUGUUCGAGACAUCAUAGACCGAGAGGAGAUCUGCGGAUCAAGGCCGUCUUGUUCUUUGAAAAUCCAGCUUGUGCUCGAGAAACCACUGGAAAUACACGGAAUAUCUAUUCAAAUUCAGGACAUCAACGAUAAUGCGCCGCAGUUUCCAACUGAGGCAAUUAAUCUGGAAAUACAAGAAUCAGCUGACAAAGGGACUCGCUUUUUGUUGACCGAGGCCCACGACGCAGAUGUCUUACAAAACACAGUUCAAGGAUACUCCCUGGAAAACAAUGAUCAUUUUUCUCUCAAAAUAAAUACGAAUUCAGACGGGAUGAAAUACAGCGAGUUGGUGUUAGAGAAAGAAUUAGACCGGGAGCACCAACAAGAGCACAGAUUAUUGCUCACGGCAUAUGAUAACGGAGCUCCUAAAUCCGGUACUGCAAUUAUACACAUCAAUGUGCUUGAUGCAAACGAUAAUUUGCCUGUCUUUACUCAACCGACAUACAGGGCCGAGUUGCAGGAAAAUUGUCCGUUAGACACGGUCGUGGUGAGAGUGAGCGCUACAGACGCAGACCAGGGAGUAAAUGGGGAGGUAACGUAUGAGUUGAGCAGGGUACCUGACAAGGUAGCAAGGCUAUUCUCUUUAGACAAAAUGAGUGGCGAAAUCAAGACGAUUGGACCCAUUGAUUUUGAGUCAGAAUCCAUUUAUGAAAUGCGCGUUCAGGCAAAAGAUGGACUGGGGCUGGCUUCUAAUGUCAAAGUCAUCAUUGAGAUAUUGGAUGUGAAUGACAAUGCGCCGACAAUUGUGGUUCAGUCUCAGAAUGAGGCUGUUGCCGAGAACAGCCCUGCAGGCACGGAGGUAGGGAUAAUCAAUGUCCAGGACAAAGAUUCUCGUGGUAAGCAGCAGGUUAUCUGCUCCAUCCAAGGAAAUGUACCCUUCAAAUUAAACCCAUCGAUUAAAAAUUAUUACUCGAUUGUAACAACAGGGCAGCUUGAUAGAGAAAUAUUAGCAGAUUAUAACGUUACUAUAACUGCUGUGGAUGAUGGCACACCACAGUUGUCAUCCUCUAAGACCAUUCACCUCUCAGUAUCUGAUGUGAAUGACAAUCCCCCUGUGUUUGAGGAGCAGUCGUACAGUGCAUAUGUGUCUGAGAAUAACAAGCCUGGCUCCUCUGUGUGUUCUGUUAGUGCCAGAGACCCAGACUGGAGACAGAAUGGCACAGUCUUCUACUCUCUGUUGCCCAGUGAGGUCAAUGGUGUUGCGCUCUCCUCAUAUUUAUCCAUUAAUGGAGACACAGGGGUGAUCCAUGCUGUGAGGGCCUUUGACUAUGAGCAGUUCAGAAGCUUCAAAGUUCAGGUUGUAGCCAGAGACAAUGGUUCUCCUCCACUCAGCAGCAACGUGACUGUGAGUGUGUUCAUAACAGAUGAGAAUGAUAACUCUCCUCAGAUAUUAUACCCUACUCCAGAAGGAAACUCCUUCAUGACUGAGAUGGUUCCUAAAGCUGCUCUUUCUGGCUCGCUGCUGUCCAAAGUCAUUGCUGUUGAUGCUGACUCUGGACAGAACGCAUGGCUGUCAUAUCAGAUCGUCAAGUCGACUGAUCCGGGACUUUUCACUAUUGGUCUCCACAGUGGAGAGAUCAGGGCUCAGAGGGACAUUUCUGAAUCUGACAGCAUGAAGCAGAACCUUGUGAUCUCAGUGAAAGAUAACGGACAGCCCUCUCUCUCUACAACCUGUGCCGUAUACUUAGUCAUCUCAGAUAACUUGGCUGAAGUUCCUGAACUCAAAGACAUGUCUUAUGAGGAGAACAACUCUAAACUCACAUCUUAUCUGAUCAUUGCACUGGUGUCUGUGUCCACAUUUUUCCUGACUUUCAUCAUCCUGAUCAUUGCUGUGAGGUUGUGUCACAGGAGGAAGCCCAGACUGUUGUUUGAUGGAGCAGUAGCCAUUCCCAGUGCAUAUUUACCUCCCAACUAUGCAGAUGUUGAUGGAACUGGAACUCUCCGUAGCACUUACAACUAUGAUGCCUACAUGACAACAGGCUCCCGCACAAGUGACUUCAAGUUUGUCACCUCUUACAAUGACAACACUCUGCCUUCUGCUACCACUCUGAAGAGGAGCCCAGGUGACAACAGUGAAUGCCUCAACUUCACUUCUCUCGACUUCACUGACACUGCAUCCAAAUGCUCCACUCUGGGGCGCUAUUGA